AUGGCGGAACAAGAGCUGGAAAAUCGCAAUCGGCUGCCCACGCUGAUGGAGGUUUUGGGCAGAAGGACACUCGCACCAGUUGACCUCUUCUCCUUUUACAUUUACAUGCGUGACCAGCAACGCUCUGUCGAUUACCUCGACUUUUGGCUCGAUGUUUCCCAACACAUGUCCCUCUGCCGACACUAUGUCCGAGAGCUUCGUAGGUCGAUGCUACUCGAGACACCCGAAAUGGAGAAGGCGACUAGUAAGCGCUCCUCUGCGCUACUCGAGAACUUUGGCGACAUUGGUGAAGCCGAGUCACAUCCCUCGAGCAACGAGAAACGGAGCCACGAACAAAGAUUAUCAGCGUUUCUCAGACAUGAGCACAAGAAUAGCAACGGCAGCGGACAGUCCCCGGCACACAGCAUGACUUCACAGCACUCGCGAAACUUCAGCAGACCUUCAGCCGAACAAAAGCCAUCAACAUCUGAAGGACCGCCUCGACCUAGUUUCAUGUCGACUCCCGAGGUGCGUACGGACUCGAACUCUCCCGGACAUACAGUAGCCCGAGCCGAUAUCAAAGCCAGCGCCGAGAAGAUUCUGUACACCUUUAUUCUGCCCGGUUCGGAGCGAGAAAUCGUCCUUCCUCAGUCAAUUCUGAACCGCAUCAUCCAAAACAUCGAGGAAGAGGGUCGAGAUGACCCUGAAGUGUUUGACGAUGCCAAAGACUACGUCUUCCAAGCCAUGGAACGGGAUGCCUUCCCCGGUUUCCUUCAAGCAAAGGCUCUUGGCAACCUGGUGCCUUUGUCGAUCCUCCUCAGAUUAAUCAUCGGUCUGUCCAGUUUGAUGGCUGGUUUCUGGGGUGGUUUCUACAUGAUUCUGACCGAUCAGCCACGACACAUCAGAUGCUGGCUUAUUCUUCCCUUCACGAUAGGCUGCUACUUUGUGGUCUCAUAUCAAUACAAGCUCGACAUCGUCGCCGCAUACCUCGGAUUUAGUGAAUACACGUGGAUGAACUGGGCGCGCAUACGAGAGCCAUAUGUGCGGAAGCUGCUCUUAUCGAGAGCCAUGAUGGCGACCCUGAUCUUUGGCAUUGCUACAGUCGCACUCAGUGUGCUUUUCAUUUUCGUGCCGGGCACGAACUUCUGA